AUGGAGUAUAAUGUGAAAAGCAGUAAUAUUUCUCCGCAUGCAAAUGUGGAUCAGCAUGAUCAUACGGAUUAUAAUAGUGGAAUUUUUGAUGGAAUCGUUAAAGAAAUAGUUAAUCCUAAAUUUAAUGCAAAUUCCCGGAAAGAGCGUAUUCUUUUACCACAAGAUAACACUGCAAGCGAUGGACUUGUUGCGUUUUAUUCAUAUAUGUCCAAUCCAGAAAACAACCCUAGUGCCCAUCAUACAUUGAUAUAUGACGUCUCCGUUACCAAUGUAGGAAACGGUUAUAAUCACGUGACAGGAAUCUUUACCGCACCAAGAAGUGGAGUUUACGUGUUCAUAUGGGUUACCCGAAUUCUUAAUGGUGAACAUCCCACCGAACUCAUGAUAAACAAUGCAGUUUAUGGGGUUACAUUUCUCCGAGCAAAGAAUGGCGAUGAUGGCUCUGUCAGUGGGAAUGUUGUGGCCAACGUUAACAAAGGUGAUUCGGUCUAUGUGCGCGUUCAUUCCACAUAUGCUGGAGAUGGAUAUAUUCAUAGUAAUGAGCAUGGUCGUCCAUCCUUUUCUGGCUGGCUUCUACAUUGA